UUGUUCGUAAUCACAAUUAAAAUGGAUUCAUUUUCGGCGCCAUUUCGUUAAAUACUAUUUGCCGGAAGUAAUUCGUGUACACGAAAGACGUUUCUUCCAUCGAAACGUGGCAAUAAACGGGGCGCUGUUGGCACUUGCUCCAAUGUCUUUACGCGUGUAGUGUUAUAGUAUUGUAAUUGACACGAACGAGGCGGUUUAAUAAGAAUGAAGUGGUAUAUUUUACUCGCAGCUUUUGCUGCAUUAUAUAUAACCGUAUAUGGAGAGGAAGAGGAAGAAGCUGCCAGAUUGUUAGUAUCUAAACAAAUUCUUAAUAAAUAUCUAGUAGAAAAUAUGGAUAUUAUAGUAAAGUACACAGUUUACAACAUUGGUAAUGCAGCUGCAUUAGAAGUUGAAAUUACUGAUAAUUCUUUCCAUCCUGAUCACUUUACUCAUGUAAGCGGAGAGCUUAAUGCUAGAAUAGAUAGAGUACCACCAUUUACAAAUGUGAGUCAUACAGUGGUUGUAAGACCACGUAAAUUUGGAUACUUUAACUUUACAUCUGCUGAAGUUUUAUAUCGACGUAAAGAAGACGCUUCUAGACUUCAAGUUGCAGUAAGCAGUGAACCUGGUGAAGGACUGAUUGUUUCAUUUAGAGAUUAUGAUAAACAAUUUUCAUCCCAUGUGAUUGACUGGGCUGGAUUCGCUAUAAUGACUUUACCAUCAUUAGCUAUUCCAUUUGCAUUGUGGUAUUCCAGCAAAAGUAAAUACGAGAAAUUGUUGAAAACUACGAAAAAACAUUAAGUGUGUGUGUUUUGUACAAAUAUUAAAUUAUAAUAAAAUCUAGGUCAUUUAUAAGAAGAUUAACUAGCAAUGUUGUAAGAGAUUUGACUGUUCCAUCGUAUGUGCAUCUAUUUUUAUAAUAGAUAUUAUUUAUAAAUAUUGCCGACUUUUUAUUAAAUGACAAAAGCAUUUAUAUAUUUGUAAAAAACAUUUCAUAGAAAUAUUUUGGAUCUAUUCGUAUAUAUAAUUUUUUCGAGGAAUUAUUUUUUAUUUUUAGAUUAUAAGAAAAGUAUGAUAAUUUUAUUAUCUUGAAAUUUUUAUAUAUAUAAAAUUGUUACAAUUCAUUUGGCGUCCCUUAUAAGCAUAGAAAAAUUUAUACAAAAAAGCCAAGUGUUAAUUUGUUAAAAAUUGUAAGAACAACUUUUAUUUAAAUUUUCAUACAUUGUAUGUUUUUUGUUUUUGUUUUUUUUUCUUCAUAUUUUAUCUAUUUUUUGUUCACACGUUCGAUGCGUCUUAUCAAAAAAAUAAGUAAUAAAAUAAGUUUUUUAAUCUUUAUAACAGGCGUAAUAUGUAAGUACACGAGAUUUAUAUAUUAUUAUAAUUUGUAAAACGAUAUAAAAAUGAUUUUUUGUUUUACAUAGAAAGAAUAAACACAAGAUGGUUUUUUGUUCUCAUAAUUAUAAGCGUGAAUGUUCGACUAGGAAGCACAAACCUGCCAGUCAACAAUAACUAAAUCUAUUAAGUAGUAGCACAAACAUUAAUCACAUAAUUUUAUAGCUCCUAUUAUUGAUGUGUUUAUACAGUCUUGAUUACCGUACAAAAUUUGAUGGUAUAAAACUAUAUUACAAAAUGUACAUUAUGCAUAUUUGUAUGCAGAUUUUCUAUAAGAACUUUUACAUAUAAUAAUAAUAAUAAUAAUAAUAAUAAUAAUAAUAAUAAUAAUAAUAAUAAUAAUAAUAAUAUAAUAAUAAUAAUAGUAAUAUAGAACACUCUCAUCAAUGAUUUUAUCAUUGAAAAUUAGAAUGGUUAGUUUUAACACAUAUACUUUUUAUUAACCAUUCAAUUCAAAGUUCGGUUCCGUCUAACUGAUGGUGUGAAAAGACCACGAGGAUCACCAUAGACUGGUUCAAAUGCAGAAAAUGGUCUUAAUGGUGAAGUUGGACUUCGAGGACUAGACAUAUUUGAUGUAUUCAUAGUAGUAGAAUAUGGUGUGCUGGUUUUUCUUAUUGGCGGUGGACAUUUAUCAGCUGCAAAUGAAACAUAUUUUAAUUUUUCUUUUCCCCCAAGUAUAUAUAUACUUAUAAAUUAAUUUUUUUUUUUUUUUUUUUUUUUUUUUUAUACAUACCAAAUACACUUUUAUUCUUUAUCGUUAAGUCGACGUUUGUCACUUUAUUUUUCCAUACUGAAAAUGAAAAAUAUAUAAUAUUAUGCAUGAUGCAGAUUUUCUUAUUAAUUAAAAUUUAUGUUAUUAUGAUUAUAUGAAUUUAAUGAAUAACAAUUAAAUGUAAACGUUAUCAUGAA